ACAGGAAGGGAAAAAACACACAUCAGGAGGCGUUUCGGCUCGAUAUUUCAUAGAACGUAUUUGUUUGUUGCUGUUGUUGGUCUCCUUUAAGCACACAUGGAUACACAGUCGUACCUUCCCGUACAACCUGGAGUCGGGAUGGAGGAGAAUUUCCUGUCUCUGGACGAUAUUUUGCUCUCUCACGAGAGACUACCCAUCCGGACCGAGUGCACUUUCCCCCGACUUGGAUUCCUAGAGAAGUCCACUGACACGCAGGACAUAGCGGAGGGAACAAAGAUGGAGCUGCCUCUGUGGUUGUCCAAGGGUCUGUAUGAGAGGAAGAGGAGGGUGCUGUCUGUGGAGCUUCCUAAGGUGUACAGAGAGGGCUGGAGGACCGUGUUCAAUGCCGACCCCAACGUGGUGGACCUACAUAAGAUGGGGCCCUACUACUAUAGCCUGGGAUCCCAGAUGCUACACUUCGAAAGCCCAGAGAACCCAGAAAUUGCACAGACGUUGCUGCAGACGUUCAUUGGUCGGUUCAGACGGACCAUGGACUCUUCCCAGAAUGCCUACAACGAGGACACGUCUGCGCUUGUGGAGCGUCUGGACUCUUUGGAAAAAGGUCUGUUUAGGUCCGGGCAGAGCGGACUCAACGGUUUCCAGAGCUGGGAGAAGGGUCAGGCCGCACAGCUCACUGCCUCCAGUCUGGUUCUCAACUACCGCAAGAGGAAGAUCAUGGAUGUACAGCCCUGACGCUGCCUGCAGUUUAAAGAUACCAAACACUGGUAAGACUGUGGUCAGUGUUUCAGAGCACGGCAGCAACAGACUGACCAAAUCAUUUUCUCUGCCCAUGGACAACGACCCUGUAUAUAUAUUAUAAAUAUGUUUCCUACUUAUUUGUCACAUUGCUUCCACUGUUCAGUAAUGGGUAAGUUUAGUUAUGAUGAACAUGCUGUUGAUCUAGUGGCCCCUGUGAUUUAGACUGUUAAUUUUUUUACAUUAAAUAAAGAUUCCUAACGUUGGCUGGUUACAGCUUUACAAUUGCA